CAGCAUCUCUGGGCGACAUGGAUAAGGUGACGUUUCGGGCCGGGACCCUUCCUCAGUCAGUACUGUUCUGUGUCCAAUGAAAGUGACUGCACACCACGCCCUGGGUAUUAUAAUAGAACUACAACGGGCCGCGGCAUGGUUUUAUUUUUAGGAACCGGGACUGACCCGCCUCAACCGGGAAGAGGCGCCGAUCCUCCGCCAGUGGCGAGUGUGGAGGGGGAUUGUAUCUCGGCGACCUCUGAGGAGAAGGCUCGGCACUCACCUCCCCCCACCCGGAACCAGUGCGGGGCGGAGAAACGCCGUCACUCAAAUGCCUUUUAUGGUUCACCGAGAUUUGGUGCUGCUGGCGCGGAAUGAACAACAGUCUCACUUUCGCUUCUGCGACUAAGGAGGAAGCGACGCGUUUUUCUGCUCGAUCCGGCCUUCGAGACAGCGUGCCCGGCGUGAGGAUGGUGUCCCGCUCCCACUUCUUGUUGCUGUUAUCGGCGGUCGCUGUCUCCGGAGGCGUGGGGGAGCCGGUGGCCGUGUCCGUGCAUGUCCGGGACAGGGUGACCAGUACUGUCGGAAGCUCCGUGGUAUUGCCCUGCACUUUCAAAUCCGACUACUCCGACUACACGACCAUGGAGAUUACUGUCAUCUGGAAGGUGAAGGUGUUUUACACCGGCUCGGUUUUGUUCAACGUGACCAACAGGAGCAAGGGCGGCAAGGACUUUGUGGACGAAGUUCACACAAAUGUCAAUGGCCGCUACAAACUGGCCGGGGACCCGAGGCAGAAGGUCGCCUCGCUGGAGGUGGAGAAUGUUACACUGGGUGACAGCGAUCAAUACUUCUGCCGCGUCGAAGUCAAACGCCAGGGAUUACGCGCGUUCAUGGACGAGUCCAACCCUGGAGUCACCCUGGAAAUUAUAGGCUCACCCAUCAUCCUCCGGGUAUCUGUUAAAGCCAUUAAUACCACGCAGCCUAUUGUGCAGUGCCUGGCAGAGGGACAACCCUUCCCGAAAAUCAUAUGGAUUGAUCCCCAAAAUAACAAGCUUCCUGCGAACAGCAGCGACACUUCAGUAACGUCGGGGCCGGGGAAGUAUCAGAUCUUGGGAGAACUGCGUAACCCAAUGUUUGGGGGGACCUACACCUGUGUGGUGGUCAGUGACCAAGGAAACAGCAGCCAAUCUAUCUAUCUGCCCAGCAAGGGGCAAGUCCGGCAUCUGCUGCUUUACAUCAUUGGGAUCCUAGUUGGAAGUGUCAUUCUGGUUAUCCUGGUUGUUAUUCUCUUACUGAUGCAGAGGAGAAAGAAAGGAAAGGCAGAGUUUAACCCAACCAGCAAAAGGGCCCAGCGCAGUUUGCAGCAGUAUUCAAAAGUUAGCAUGUGCCAGCAGCAGCAAAUACCAUCAGUGGUGCCCUGCGCGUCAGUGCAGGACACAGAGGGCAGCGAUAAAUGACCAGAGGCUGGCACCGUGAGUUAACACAGCAGCAGAGAAACACAGCUCGCAACCCACUUCAUCAGACAGACUCACUUUCAGAACAAACGGCCUUGUGUGAGUCUGAGUGUGUGUGUGUGUGGGGCCACUGAGUGUUUGAGUGAUGAGCGUACGGGCGAGAGGUUGUGAUUGUGUGAAUACCACUGAGUGUGUGUCUGUAUGUCACUGUGUGUAUGUGUUAGUGUGUCUAAAUGUGUGUGUAGGUGAGGAGUGUGUCUGUGAGGAGUGUGUGUUUUUACCAGCAUUUACGUCAGUGUGCGUGAGAGAUGGGAGAGAGGGAGAGAGAGAGAGAGAGAGAGUGAAAAUAUUCCAAGGAGUGUGUUUACCAGUGCAUGUGUAUGUGUAGCAACAAGGAACUGCAGAUGCCGGUUUACCAAGGAAAGACACAAAGUGCUGGAGUAACUCAGCAGGCCAGGAAGCAUCUGUGGAGAAUAUGGACAGGUGACAUGUGUCUGAGUGAGAGGGCCAUUGUGUUUACUGACAAACACCAUGUACAGUGUGUGUCAAUGUGUAUGUCUGUGUAUCUGUCAGUGAAAGUGUUUACUGUGUCAGACUGUGUUAGUCUGUCUGUGCGUAAGUAAGUGUGUGCGUGCCAGUGAGUGUUUACGGGUGUGAAUGCUGGUGUGUGUAAGUUUGAGUGUGUGGAAAUGCAGUGAGUGCCCGGGAUGAAUUGCUGCCUUUAAAGAUUCCCCCGAUGUGCCCAGCACACGGGGAGGCUUGGAGCGACAACGCAUGCUCCCGUGUAGCUCCACUCCCCGCUUCAGCCGCCUGCUCUCAGUAUCGCAUGGACAAGGAAGCACAAAUCUGCAGCGCCGAAGGUCGACGGGAUCAGCAGCCCCUGGUCCCGGUGGGAAGACGCCGGCGAGCCUUCAGACUGUGGGGUCGUGCCCCCUUGUGCAGCGGGGCAGGGCUGGAGGUCAUGAAGGGCUGUUCUGAUCUAUCAUGUUCUAUGUUCUAAUCUAAUCAGCCGCUCUAAUCUAUCAACAUAUGACAGUCCCGGCAUCCUGGGAAUUAACCUUGUGAACUCCCUCAAUAGCAAGAAUAGGGCUCAGGGCUUCAGUUCUGAAGAUAAUAGACUGGGCUGCAGGCAGUCAAUGGUUCAUUAUUACCAUCACGUGGUGUCAAGGUGCAGUGACAUUCUUUUUUUGCAUAUAGAUUAGUAACCAUAUAGCCACACAUAAGUACAAUCCCCGAUUACUCACAUAAUGCAUGGAAUCAGCCCACAUAGCCCGUAUGCAAGAGUUGCCAGGUUUUGGCGCUACUUUCAAAGUCCCAGCUGCAGCUGGCCAUAAAGGCCUGUUGCAGCCGUCGCCUCCAUCCAGAUAGUCCAGCAAACCGUCGCCCCUCUCCUCGCCCAGCCAUCUUCAACCUUUAUGGCCCAAGGGGGCAUCUCCCGCAGUCGACCUUAUGGGCGCGGAAGGUAAGAUCCCCCUCCCCCAGUUCUCUUACUGGCCCUUUUUCCAGCGUCCACCACGUCGCCGUCCUUCCACCCUCCUCUACGCUUCCCGGUCUUCGGGGGCGAACGGGAGAUGAGCCUUCCACUCUAGGCGGGUUUCACGAUCCCGCGACAGGCGAACCAGGCCCCGCUGCCUGCUAGGGUACGGCAGCAGAACCAUCAAAGCAGCCUUCCAAAGACAUGGGAGUUAGCAGGUUAAUCAGCAUCUGUAAAUUGUCCCUCGUGAACAGGGUGAUCACUGGUCGGUGCUGACGGUGGGCCGAAGGGCCUGUUUUCACACUGUAUUUCUAAACUAAACGUAACCACUACAUGGGUAUCAACGCAGCGCUAAACAGGGACCCAAUCGCCGUGUGAUGGCAUCGACAGAGCUAGGUUUGGGGGGGAUGAGUUGAGAUGCAGGUUCACCAUGGUCUGAUCACUCCAACAGCCCAGAUUCCCCCAGCCUCGGUGGACCUUCCCGCCAGUGGCUGGAUGCUUUGCAACCACCAGUGGAACUGGUGCUUUGGGAUUCAUCAUAAAGGCCCUGUCCCACUUAAGUGACCUUGGCACGCAAAUUACGCGACCUUGUCGUCACGUUGAGGCGCACGGGCAACGUAUGGCGGCGCGGGGCCGGUCCCACUGAGAAGCGCGGAGGGGUAUGGAGUUG